AGUUAGGGGUCCUUUUCCUCGUCGCCAGAGGGAGGGUCCGCUCUGUUAGGAGAAGAUCAAUUUUAGGCGGCUACCUGCCUUUGCUGGAUGAAAGACAAUUUACUCCUGGAGCGGUGAAUUGUCAGCUCUCUCCAUGACUGACAGCCACACCUGCCACUUAUGUGGGUCGGACGGGACCGGUGGAACCCCAAGAGCCAAUCAAUGCUCGGGAGAGGAGGGCUGCUCCCACUUGUCUUGGUUAGUUUCCUGGUUGGCUCUUUAAAUCAGUGGUUUUACUUAACCAUUGGUUUCCACCUGGCAGGAGCUCCAGCUGUGAGAAUCAGAGCCGCGGGAAGCAAACUCCUCGAAAAUGGGCUUAGAAGCAAGUUUCCUUGUUUUAUAAGGCAGUGGAACAAACAGGAAGUGGAAAAGCACCAGUCUUGCAAGUUUAUGACGGUUCCAAGAUAGAAGUCACUGGCUGCAGCCAGAGAGUCUUCAGUCUGCUCUCUUUUAGAUGAAGGAAAGGGACAAAAGUAAAGGAGCAGAUCUCUGAGUGGAGUCGUUUCCUGGUACAGACUAUACAAAGAAUGUGGUGAAAAUUCUGGCCAGUGGAGGAAACAUUGGCUUCAACCCUAAGGUUGCCUAGCAUUUCUUCUCUUCAGUAGCACCACACCACAGAAGAAAAAUGUACGGGAGUGCAAGAACGAUCACUAAUCUGGAAGGGAGCCCUUCCAGAUCACCGCGUUUGCCAAGGUCUCCUCGUUUGGGCCACCGAAGAACAAGCAGUGGGGGCGGGGGAGGGACAGGCAAGACUCUGUCCAUGGAGAAUAUUCAAUCCCUUAAUGCCGCCUAUGCUACGUCUGGACCCAUGUAUUUGAGUGAUCACGAAGGGGUGGCAUCAACAGCUUACCCAAAGGGUACUAUGACUCUGGGCAGGGCCACAAAUCGAGCUGUGUAUGGAGGCCGGGUCACAGCCAUGGGGAGUAGUCCCAACAUUGCUUCUGCUGGACUUUCCCAUACGGAUGUUCUCUCCUACACAGACCAACAUGGUGGGCUGAGUGGCUCAUCCCAUCACCACCACCACCAGGUGCCCUCCAUGUUGAGGCAGGUAAGAGACAGCACAAUGUUGGAUCUCCAAGCCCAGCUCAAAGAACUGCAGAGAGAGAAUGACCUCCUAAGGAAGGAGCUUGACAUUAAGGACAGUAAACUGGGAUCGUCCAUGAACAGCAUCAAGACUUUCUGGAGUCCCGAGCUCAAGAAGGAGAGAGUCUUGAGGAAAGAGGAGGCAGCGCGGAUGUCUGUCCUCAAGGAGCAGAUGAGGGUCUCUCACGAAGAAAACCAGUUACUGGAUGCCAGAAGAACCAAGCACCUGCAGUUGACCAUCCAGGCCCUUCAGGAUGAGCUGCGGACCCAGAGAGACCUCAACCACCUCCUGCAGCAAGAGAGUGGCAACCGCGGAGCGGAGCACUUCACCAUCGAGCUGACGGAGGAGAACUUCCGCAGACUCCAGGCGGAGCAUGACAGGCAGGCCAAGGAGCUGUUCCUUCUGCGGAAGACGCUGGAAGAAAUGGAGCUGAGAAUCGAAACACAGAAACAGACUCUCAAUGCCCGAGAUGAAUCCAUUAAAAAGCUCCUGGAGAUGCUGCAGAGUAAAGGGUUGCCAUCCAAGAGCCUCGAGGAUGACAACGAACGCACGCGGCGGAUGGCAGAGGCCGAGUCUCAGGUCAGCCACUUGGAAGUGAUUUUAGACCAGAAGGAGAAGGAGAACAUACACCUCAGAGAGGAACUGCACCGAAGAAGCCAACUUCAGCCGGAGCCAGCCAAGACGAAGGCUCUCCAGACUGUCAUCGAGAUGAAGGAAUCUCCACGUUUUAAACUUGGCCCUGAUCUGGUGUGGCAGGACACAAAAAUUGCUUCAUUGGAGCGAAACAUCCGGGACCUGGAGGAUGAGAUCCAGAUGUUGAAAGCCAAUGGCGUGCUCAACACAGAGGACCGUGAGGAGGAGAUCAAACAAAUUGAGGUGUAUAAAAGCCACUCCAAGUUUAUGAAGACCAAGAUUGACCAGCUGAAGCAGGAACUUUCCAAGAAGGAGUCAGAACUUCUUGCCUUACAAACAAAGCUUGAAACCCUUAGCAAUCAAAAUUCAGAUUGCAAGCAACACAUCGAAGUGCUCAAAGAGUCGCUUACUGCCAAAGAACAGAGGGCUGCCAUCCUUCAGACAGAGGUCGAUGCUCUGAGAUUACGGCUGGAAGAGAAAGAAUCUUUUCUCAAUAAGAAGACAAAACAGCUGCAAGACCUCACAGAAGAGAAGGGGACCCUAGCGGGAGAGAUCCGUGAUAUGAAAGAUAUGUUAGAAGUAAAGGAAAGGAAAAUCAAUGUUCUUCAGAAAAAAAUUGAAAACUUGCAAGAACAACUUAGGGAUAAGGACAAACAACUGACCAACCUGAAAGACAGAGUGAAGUCUUUGCAGACAGAUUCCAGCAACACGGACACUGCUCUGGCCACCCUGGAGGAGGCCUUGUCGGAAAAGGAGAGAAUAAUAGAGCGCUUGAAAGAGCAAAGGGAGAGAGAUGACCGGGAAAGACUAGAAGAGAUAGAAUCCUUUCGAAAGGAGAACAAAGACCUCAAGGAAAAGGUCAAUGCUUUACAGGCUGAACUCACGGAGAAAGAGUCGAGUUUAAUCGACCUCAAGGAACAUGCAUCUUCAUUAGCCUCUGCAGGACUGAAGAGGGACUCCAAGUUAAAAUCUCUAGAAAUAGCCAUCGAACAAAAGAAGGAGGAGUGUAGCAAAUUGGAAGCACAGUUAAAAAAGCAAGCUGAGCAGUUGUUCAAUCAGAUGUACAACCCAGCACAUAAUAUUGAAGAUGACUCCAGGAUGCAUCCUGAGUUUGCAGACCGACUGAAACAGCUUGACAAAGAAGCAUCAUACUACCGUGAUGAGUGUGGCAAGGCGCAGGCAGAAGUGGACAGGUUGCUGGAUAUCCUCAAGGAGGUGGAGAAUGAGAAGAAUGACAAAGACAAGAAGAUUGCAGAACUUGAGAGCUUGGCUCUCAGGCACAUGAAAGACCAGAACAAGAAGGUGGCUAACCUCAAGCACAACCAGCAGCUGGAGAAGAAGAAGAAUGCCCAGUUAUUAGAGGAAGUCCGCCGGCGAGAAGACAGCCUGGCCGACAACUCUCAGCAUUUGCAGAUAGAGGAGCUGAUGAAUGCCCUGGAGAAGACCAGACAGGAGCUGGAUGCCACCAAAGCCCGCCUUGCCUCGACCCAGCAAUCUCUGGCUGAAAAAGAAGCACACCUGGCCAACCUCCGGCUAGAGAGGAGGAAACAGCUAGAAGAGAUCUUGGAGAUGAAACAGGAAGCACUCCUUGCGGCCAUCAGUGAAAAAGAUGCAAACAUUGCCUUGCUGGAAUUGUCUGCCUCCAAAAAGAAAAAGACCCAGGAAGAAGUCAUGGCUCUGAAGCGGGAGAAAGACCGGCUGGUGCAUCAGUUAAAGCAGCAGGUGUAUAGGCCUAGGAAACAGCCCCCGUGCUCAAAUAUACCGUGCACUUGUGAUGCUGGCUACAGCCCAGAUUUUACGGCCACGUACCACGGGUCCAGCUACGAUGCACACAUGAGCCAAAGGUCUCAGACCCAGAACAGGAUGAAGCUGAUGGCAGACAACUAUGACGAGGACCAUCACCAUUACCACCACCACCACCAUCACCACCACCACCGAUCUCCUGGGAGGUCACAGCAUUCCAACCACAGGCCCUCUCCGGACCAGCUGUCGGAAGGGUUGGCUAAAGGGGGAGCUCAGCACUGCAGCCACGGCCUGGUAAUCCACUGCAGCGUGGCUCUCUUCAUUGUCCACCACCAGCCGCCGCAGCAGGUCCAACCGGAAGCGGAAUUCUCACUUUCGCUUUCCUGUGUGAUUCUGGUCACCUCAUCCCUCCGGCAUUUGGGUGUAUGGGAAAGAGAGAGCACGAAGGAGGAGAAGGAUGGCAGCUCUUUCCUUUUCCAUCGGGAUCUGGGCCUUUUCAAAGUGACCGGUCCUGCUGAAAGCCACAUGAUGAGCGUUUUAGUUCUGUUGCUUUGCCUCGUGGAUACAUCAGCACUGCACAGGAUGCAGACUGUGGAUUCAGCUUCUGUGGGACUGCUCGCUCCAUCUCCCAUUAUCCUGCUGGUCAGUCUGAGUGGUCCUAACACAUUAGAUUAUCAGACAAUCUAAGCUUGCUAUGAAUGAGUGCUGCUGGUGGUGUUUGUAUACCACGGUGCAUGGAGUGUUGGGCAAAGAAACCAAAAGACCAAAAUUUGAGAGCCUUUACCCUCCUCUAGUUCUUUAAUCUGUCAGUCAAGGAACCACAUUUUGAUGGUGUUAUCAGUUGUUACCUCUGGGCCAGGUUGGAAAUGAAAUCAAUUUUUUAAACCACUAAUAACUUGCCAAGAAAUCGCCUUAUGAGAACAUGGUGUGUGUCUCUGACAGUGCAUGGCACAUCUAAAUUGGUCAUUCAUGAUUUUCUUGUCCUGCUCAUGUAUGAGAGAGUGACAAAAGCCUGAGGCAUCUGCAUAUCCACUCUCAUGCUCCUUUAACCCCACGGCUGGGACAUGACUGGGCCUCAGGCUCUUCUCUUUCUCACGCAUGCAGGUCUCCAUGAAGAAGCUGAAAUUCAUUCACGUUUCAAGAUCCAAAUGCUGUGCAAGCAAUGUGAGCUUGGGUCUUCUGUAAAUGAAGGGUCAUUUCUCAUUGUUAUUUUUUUUUUUCUUGAGAAAAUGUCUCUAACAUGGAUUCCAAAGCAUUUUCAGCAUCAAACAUGAAAGCAUUGAUGAAUGAAGUUGUAUGUCUGUAAAUAGCAUUAUACAACCUGUCUGUGGAUACAGAGUCCUUCUCUAAAGCACAUGCCAGGGAAAGAGACCACAUUCCAAGGUCUUUUACGUACAGUGACAAGGUACUAAGGAGAAUCCAACUCCUGCUGCUUCCUCUGAAGAUUCAAAAUUGUUAGUCAUUACAACUUCGUACAAACACACAGCUCAACCUGGCAGUGUGCAGCUCUUGUACCGACCCAUUUUCUUGUCAAUGGGAGGAGCCCUCCCAUCUGCAUUCCUAAAGGACAAACAGUGAAUUUAAGCAUGAGUGGCCUUAAUAAAUACAAUUGUCUUUCUUUGCUGCUGUGGAAAGGGUUCUAAGCAGAAGUUGCUGAAAUCUUGCAUUGAAUCAAAUCAUUAUUACUUUCCAAAAUGUUGGUGCAAUUAACUCUGGACCUCUCUCAUGAGCCAUAGAGAUAUUUAAAAGACAAACCCCUCGUUUUCUGGGGAAAGGAAACUGUCCCUGAACUGCACCCUUGAUUCCUGGUGCAUCAGGAGUAAUAUAUUCAAGCAGGUUUCUUGCUUUGGGCUUCGUUCUUGUCAGUAAAUAGCGAACUGUGUAAAGCUUAUGUGUUAACAUAAAUGAUCCAGAUACAUUCAUGUUUAAAAAGUUUGUCCUUUAACUAUCAAAAGGAUCUAGGUUGUUAUUAGAGAAGGGAGCAGAGUUCUUUGCAAGUUUAUUUAACUCAUUUUGGUGGACUGUUGUAAUGAAAACCCAAGCCACAGACCAGUCCCCAGGGACAAUUUGGGUGUCCUCAGAGAAGUCCUUACCGCCUACCACCAGGGCCUGACCUGAACUCUGCAGCUAAAUACUUGAAAUAGGAAGGAGGAGAGCCAGGAUAGUAAAUGGGGUCCUUGAAGUAGCAAACAAAGAGAUCAACCAUGUGUAAUUAGCUAUUUCUACAUAUGUGCCAAUUUUGUCACAGCUAUUGUUUGGGGAACCAUUUUUUCUGCCCUACUUUGGUUGACUGGAAGUACUACUGAUCUUACUUUCAUGUAAGCAUAUCAUUCGGUCCCUGAAUAAUCGAAUUCUGUCUAACACAGCAUCUUUUCCCAUUUUGUGUAAUAUUCUCUGAUAUUUGGGGGUUACAAAAAAAUCCCUUUUUGCACAUUGAAAAUAGUGUCUGGGUUUACAACAAACACUGUGAUGUUCAGAAGAUAUUUCCUUUGUGCAACCUUGAGCAGGUUUCCUUCCAAUCAUAGUAUAGUUGAUACUAAACAAGCAAACAAAGAUUGGGCUAACAUUUAGGAGAAGUUGGUCUAAGUCUUACUUUGUGCAAGAGCAGGCUUGUAUUUAUAACCCCAUUUGAUUUCUAUAAACAGUCUCAAUUUUGUAUUUAAUGAUUUUGUGUAUUCAGUAUGCACCUGAACAGCGUGUCAACUUUCAUUUGAAAGUGGGUUUUACUUUGUAAACAGUGUUUAUGGUGAGACCUCAAACGUGUCCACAUAAGCUCUAUCUGCAGUGUUUUGUGUAGAGUGCAUCUGACUGCUGCCGGGGGUCUGUGUAUCUAAUUCCCUGAGACCCUUGUUUGACAGUGCUUCUUGUAAUAUUUCUUCAAGUGAGUGGCAUGUGGGUUGUGAUAUUGACCAUGUGAUCAUGGACCUCCCUAUGAACAAUAAAUAAUAAAUAAAUAAAAUUAAGGAACCCUCAAAACUACCAAUGGGCAUGUAUCAGCCAGUCAUUGUAACCUCGUGUCUAGUAGAAAUACCAUGUGCAAGGUAUGUACAGCUCAUAACUUUGUUAUCAUGUGUAUGAGGAGUACUUUGUGCUGAUUGUCUUAUUUAUAUUCAUUAAAUAAAACCUUGUUUCUUUCCGAA